CUCAGGUACAGGUGAGACAGGUGAAUGUGCCUGUCAUUAGAGCCUGUGGGAGUCUACAUCAGCAGCAGCACACGCACUGACCUCUGACUCUGUGGACUGAAGACAAGCAACUCAACAGUGCGAUGAGUGCAGACGGCAGGAAGGACGUUCCGCCUUAUAUGUUACCGGUGGAAGGCGGAGACGGUGGAGUCAAGGUUUAUAAUGUCCACACGCCAUUCACUCCUCGAGAGAGCUCCCACGUGGGGCUACCGGUAUACACAGGAGGGUUGGGCUCCAACCCUGAUUCCGAUGGUAAAAAUAAGUAUGUGAGCUACGACACUGCUUUAGGCUUUAACCCAGGCAUGGCCACCUGCACCUCCUGCCAGCAACAGGUCAUGACCAACGUGACCUACAAGGCCGGACGAUACGCCUGGCUCAUGUGCCUGCUCUUCGUCUGCCUCGGGUUGGUGCUCUGCUGCUGCCUCAUCCCCUUCUUCAUGAACAAGUUUAAAGACGCCUACCACACGUGCCCCCGCUGUAACAGAGUGCUGCACAUCGAGAAGAGAAAGUGUUGUAAAUGACGCAUGAUGCACAGCUUAACCCGUGGAAAUGACCAGAUGAGGAUUAGCAUUAUUAGCCGAAGCAAAAUCAAACGUUAACACCUCUAAGAUUCCUCUGUCGAGAUUAGGAGUGAUUUUGCUUAAAUUAAGCACAUCCAAUGCAUGUUGCAUUCCAGCAGAAAAAUAUUACUUCUUCUUUAAUGCUUUAAAAACUUUAAAACUUUGAAAUGAAGGUUUGUAAAUAGACUUAAUCAAUACUUUUAUUUUAUUUUAAAAUAUUUCUUUAAACUUUUAAAAUAUCUGCUUAUUUAGUAUUAUGUUUACAUGCAGACACACCCAUCAAACUGCCAAUUACUAAAUUAAAUAUUCUAAAUUAAUUUAGUCAUUGGUAGUUAAUAAGUACAUUUUUAACUUAUAAGCUAAACAUAUAAUAUAUCGGCAUUUCUUAAAAUUAAAAUGUAAAAACAUAUUGAAAGUGAUAAUGCAUUUGCCCUACCCUCUCUUACCUACUAGAAGCUUGUAUGGUUCAAUGUAUAAAUAUUUGGCUAUGUCACUGCUCAAAUAAAUUACACAUGAAGUCC